CGUGACGUCAAAUAGUAGCGCCUGAGACGAGUCCGCACAAUCAAAACGAAAACACCAGGAACUUUUGUUGUAUUUUCUACAAAACACAGCGAAAUGCCCAAAGUAAAGAGGAGUCGGAAGCCUCCCCCAGACGGCUGGGAGCUCAUCGAGCCCACUCUGGACGAGCUGGAUCAGAAAAUGAGAGAAGCUGAAACAGAACCUCAUGAGGGAAAGCGAAAGGUGGAAUCCCUUUGGCCAAUUUUCAGGCUGCACCAUCAGCGGAGUCGAUACAUCUACGACCUCUUCUACAAAAGGAAAGCCAUCAGCAGAGAGCUGUAUGAGUACUGUAUAAAGGAAGGCUAUGCAGACAAGAACCUGAUUGCCAAGUGGAAGAAGCAGGGCUACGAGAACCUGUGCUGCCUGCGUUGCAUCCAAACGAGAGACACCAACUUUGGAACCAACUGCAUCUGCAGAGUCCCCAAGAGCAAGCUGGAAGUCGGAAGGAUCAUUGAAUGCACCCACUGUGGAUGUAGAGGUUGUUCUGGCUAAGUGCAGGUUUUGGACAUCCGGUCUGUUUCCUGUUGGACAGCGGGGCUCACCCAGCCUCCAUCUGUGCACCCUCAUGACCCUCAAGCAACACUGUCUUUAUUUCAGUCACCUGCAUUAGAAACGAUUUCUCGUGACAUCCUCACCACCAUCCUCAGCUGCCCUGAUAGGGGAUCAGUAUUAGUUACUCUUCUGCUUUUAAACAUAGGGGAGCCAUGGGGAAUACACUGAGAGGGGCCAUAUUGUCUUAAGUACAUUUGUUUUUCUGUGUGUUGUGUUUUUUUAUAUACCAAAAUAAAGCCCUAGAGCUCAAGGUAGGAGCCUGAGGUUGGCUGUUCCUGGAUCAGGCCUCUCAUUCCAGCUCGUCACACUCACUGUGAAGGUCAUUUUCAGUUCUGACGUGUUUCAUUUCAUUUAAAGGAGGCUGGGAGGGAAAUGAUUUUCGUUUGAAAUGUCAUUGUUUUAAACCUGAAAACUUUUUCUUCGAAAUUGUUAUUGUAGUUUAAUUUUAAAUAAAAUGAUUCUGGUUUA